AUGAGCCUGAGAAGUGCUCGUGCCCGGGAAGAGGCUCAGCACAGAAGGAGGAAGGACAGCACAGCUGACAGCCGUGCUCAGAAAGUUUCUGGAUCCCAGGCUCAUCUCCACACAGGAGAACACGCAGGCAGCACAGGCCAUGGGACGCCUCUCAGCGCCUCCCUGCACACUGCACAUCACCUGGAAGGAGCUCCUGCUCACAGAUUGAAGAGAUCAUCUCAGGAUCCAGGGCCCCAUGUUUUCUCCCAAUACAUAGGUCCCAAUAUUGACUUAUGCUCUCUCCACCUCCUAGCAUCACUUUUAAUCUUGUGGAACCCGCCCACCACUGCCCAAGUCAUGAUUGAAGCUCAGCCUACCAAAGUUUCUGAGGGGAAGGAUGUUCUUCUACCUGUCCGCAAUUUGCCCCAGAAAGUUGCUGCCUACAUCUGGUACAAAGGGCAAAUAAUGGACUUCCACCAAUUCAUUACAGCAUAUACAAUAGACACUGAAAGAAUUAUAUUUGGGCCUGCAUUCAGUGGACGAGAAACACUAUAUUCCAAUGGAUCCCUGCUGAUCCGGAAUGUCACCAAGAAUGACACAGGAUCUUACACCGUAAAAAUCAGGAACCCAGCUGAGGAGACUAAAGGAGUAACUGUACAUUUCACCUUAUAUCUGGAGACUCCCAAGCCCUACAUCUCCAGCAGCAACUUAAACCCCAGGGAGGGCACGGAGACUGUGAUCUUAUCCUGUGAUCCUGAAACUCAGGAUGUAAGCUACCUGUGGUGGAUAAAUGGUCAGAGCCUCCCUGUCAGUCGCCCGUGGCAGCUGUGUAAAAACAACAGGAUCCUCAUGCUAUAUGGUGUCACAAAGGAUAUUGCAGGACCCUAUGAAUGUGAAAUGAAGAACCCAGUGAGUUCCAGCCGCAGUGACCCAGUCACCCUGAAUCUCCUCUGUGAGUAUCUUCUGUUCCUCUGUGAGCCAGGCUGCCAUCCCAAAUACACAUGGCCAGAGGCCAGGCCUCCCAGUCCCUCUCAGGUCCAAGUACAGAGACCUUUAUCCCUGGACAUCAAAGCUGGCCAUGACUACUAAGAGUAGGCUUAGGUUUGAUCAAGAAUUGGAGAGAAGAGGCUGCUUCUGUCAAGGGAGGCUCUGGGUCCACAGGUUAUGUUGGGAGAAACAGGUGAAUGUCUCAGGCUCCAGAUCAGUGAACACAGCAGGGAUUUGGCUGGAACUUCAGUUUUGUGACUUAGCUCACAGGGUCACUGUGGCCCUUCCACAAACCAGGAUUUUCCCUUCCCUCUGACAACAUCAGCUGUGACUUUAUUCUCUUUGCUCCAGAUGGCCUGGAUGCCCCCACCAUUUCUUCUGCAUACACCUAUUAGCACAGAGGGGAAGUCCUCAAGCUCUCCUGCCUCACAGACCCUCACCCACUGGCAGAGCAUUCUUGGCUGAUUGAUGGAAAGUUCCAGCAAUCAGCAUAAGUGUUCUUUAUCCCCCAAAUCACUAAAACAUAUACAGGGGUCUAUGUGUGUUUCACCCAUAACUCAGCCACUUGUGGAACAAAUCUCAUAAUCAAGAGGAUCAUAGUCCCUGGUAAGUGGAUUCCUGGAGCACUGGCAAUGUGUUUUCCAGUGAAGUCUAUCUGGCUGUCAGGGAAGAGCCACCUGCCCUCUGCAAAGGGAGAGGGAAAAUCAAAAACCCAGGACAGGGAAUAUGUUUCUGCUCCAAAACCAACAGCUUUUGCCUGUCCCCUUCACUCUUUCUAGUUCAUUCUUUAGACUAUACACUAACAGUGAACAAUCUGAAAGGAUAUUAAGAAAAGAAUUUCCAUUCACAUUAACAUCAAAAGGAAUAAAAUAUUUUGGAAUAAAU